AAAUUGUCCAACCUAGUAGAGCUGAGACUCGAUUCUAAUCAUCUCAGCGGUGAGAUUCCACCAGAAAUCUGCACUUUAACCAAUCUAUAUAAACUAACCUUUUCAUCAAACCAAUUAUCUGGAUCCAUACCUACAGAGAUAGAAAAGCUCAGCAAUCUAGGAUACCUUGAUAUAUCUGGGAACAGACUGAGUGGAUCAAUACCUGAGGAACUAGGGGCCUGCAUGAAACUACAGUCCUUGAAGAUAAACGACAAUAACUUCAGUGGGAGUUUGCCUGGAGCGAUUGGAAAUUUAGCAGGCCUGCAGAUCAUGUUAGAUGUGAGCAACAAUAACCUCAGUGGUGUGUUGCCACAACAACUUGGGAAGUUGGAGAUGCUAGAAUUUCUGAAUUUAUCGCAUAAUCAGUUCAAUAGCAGCAUUCCAUCCUCCUUUGCAAGCAUGGUGAGCCUUUCAACACUCGAUGUGUCCGACAACGACUUGGAAGGACCGGUCCCAAUAACACGGCUACUCCAAAAUGCUUCAGCAAGUUGGUUUCUUCCCAAUAAAGGUCUGUGUGGUAACCUCUCUGGCCUGCCACCUUGUUAUUCAAUUCCAAUAGCUAGUCACCAUAAACGGAAGACAUUUGGUUUUCUUUUGCCAAUUGUUCUUGUGGUGGGUUUCGGCAUUGUUGCCGCAAUUGUUGUCAUAAUAAUGCUUAGUCGUAAAAAGAGAAAACCACAAGAAAGUGUUACUGCUGAAGCAAGGGACCUAUUCUCUGUUUGGAAUUUUGAUGGAAGAUUGGCAUUUGACGAUAUUGUAAGGGCAACAGAAGACUUCGACGAUAAGUACAUCGUUGGAACAGGUGGAUAUGGCAAGGUCUAUAAGGCACAACUCCAAGAUGGGAAGCUAGUUGCUGUGAAGAAGCUUCAUCAGACCGAAGAGGAGCUGGAUGACGAAAGAAGAUUUUGCAAUGAAAUGGAGAUCUUAUCACAGAUCCGACAACGAAGCAUUGUAAAAAUGUAUGGAUUCUGCUCCCAUCCAGCGUAUAAAUUUCUUGUGUAUGACUACAUUCAGCAGGGAAGCCUCCACGGGACAUUGGAAAAUGAGGAGCUAGCAAAGGAAUUGGAUUGGCAGAAGAGAAUUGCUCUUGCAAAUGAUGUGGCUCAAGCAAUAUCUUAUUUGCACCACGAAUGUAGUCCACCUAUAAUCCAUCGAGAUAUCACGAGCAGCAACAUCUUACUUGAUACAACCUUCAAGGCUUUUGUCUCGGAUUUUGGCACGGCAAGGAUUCUUAAGCCCGAUUCAUCAAACUGGAGUGCACUAGCAGGAACGUAUGGCUACAUAGCUCCUGAACUGUCGUACACAUCUGUUGUGACAGAGAAAUGUGAUGUCUAUAGCUUUGGUGUGGUUGUGCUAGAGCUAGUGAUGGGGAAGCAUCCAAGAGAUCUAUUAGAUGGUACUUUGUCGAGUGGGGAACAAGCUAUGCUGGUGAAAGAUAUUCUAGACCAACGGCCGACAACACCAACAACAAAAGAAGAGAAUAGCUUAGUUCUGCUCAUCAAGCUAGCCUUUUCUUGCUUGGAAUCUUCUCCACAAGCAAGGCCAACCAUGCGGGAGGCAUACCAAACACUCAUCCAGCAACCCUCUUCUAGUUCCUGUCCCGUGCCUUUCAGCACACUUACAUUACAGCAAGUAAGGGAUGCAUGUUAAUAUAUGAUCUAAAGUCAGGGUCUAUCGUAGCGGAGGCCGAUUUUGGUUUCCACUUUUGACUCGAGUCACUCAUA